AUGAUAGCAUUAGGACAAGUAUUUCAAAACAAAAAAAAGUUUAAGGAAGCUGUAACUACUCACGAGGUUAAAAGAGGAAGGACGGUCGAGUGGAUUAAGGAUGAUUCAGAAAGAGCAAGGGGAAGAUGUAAGCAUCGUCCCUCUUGUAAGUGGGUAAUUCUAGCUUCAAAAAUGCACAGGGAUACAAAUUUUCAGAUAAAGACUUACAACUCCGAGCAUACAUGUUUUUGUUGGAAUGUCAAGAAUAAGAAUGUUACAUCCAGUUGGAUUGCAAAGACAUAUAUGGACAGAAUCAAAUCAAACAGAGAUUGGAAGACAUCAAAAUUUAGAGAUGAAGUCAGUAGAGCGCUGGGAGCAGACGUAUCUUUAUGUCAAGCAAGAAAAGCUAAGAAGAAGGCUAUUUCUCUGAUUGAUGGUAACUUAAAUGACCAGUUUAGCAUGUUGUGGAAUUAUAUCAAUGAGAUCGUGCGAUCUAAUCCUGGAACAUCAAUUUACAUGGAGUUAACACCAAAUGAGACCCCUAACAAUCCGUCUAGAUUCCAACGAUUAUACAUUUGUUUUGCAGCAUGUAAAGAGGGCUUUAAGGCAGGUUGUAGGAAGAUUGUUGGUGUUGAUGGUUGCAAGUUGAAAAAUUCUAUGUACGGAGCACAGUUGCUUGCUGCCGUUGGUUUGGAUGGCAAUAACAAUAUCUUUCCUAUAGCCUAUGCCAUUGUGGAAAAGGAGUGCAAGGAUACAUGGCAAUGGUUUUUGAACUAUUUGAUGAUUGAUAUUGAAAUAGAAGAGCAAUAUCUCUGUACAUUCAUGUCAGAUAAGCAAAAAGGCCUUCUUAAGCUUUUGAGGAAGUGUUACCAAAUGUUUCUCACAGGUUUUGUGCGCGACACUUGCACAAUAAUUUCAAAAAGUCUGGGUUCCCUGGUCAUACGUUAA